CAGUGGGGACACAGAAAGUGAAUCAGCAACAACAAUACGUACACCACAACCUUCACCGGAAGCCACCACAUCUGUAAAGGGCAACUACAACACUGGCGUGGACCCCCAGCGGCCACUAAGGUGCCUGGAAACACUCGCCCAGAAGGCAGGCAUCAGCUUCGACGAGGACUUUGCCAAGAGUCCAUCCCAAUCGCCCAGCUCUAAGGUAGCACGUGGGUCAGUCGGAACGCCAUCAAUCAGACGGCGCCACCCACUACUGCCGCUCAGCAGCAGAUCGCCAAGUACACCCGACUCAAGGACAACCGGCCGCAAACUGGAGAAGUCACAGAGUCCAGCUCAACAGGUGGCGGCUGCCACCAAUGUGCCGCUACAGAUCUCCCCCGAGCAGCUGCAGCAGUUAUAUGCAAAUAAUCCCUACGCCAUUCAGGUGAAGCAAGAGUUUCCCACGCACACGACGGGUAACAGUGGAACUGAGCUAAAGCAUGCAACCAACAUUAUGGAUGUUCAGCAGCAGUUGCAGUUGCAGCAGCAGCUUUCGGAAGCCAGCGGUGGAGGAGCAGCCUCGGCCGGAGCCGGAGGAGCAGCUAGUCCGGCCAACUCGCAGCAAAGCCAGCAACAGCAGCACUCCACAGCCAUCAGCACCAUGUCGCCGAUGCAACUUGCAGCGGCCACUGGAGGAGUUGGCGGGGAUUGGACGCAGGGAAGGACGGUGCAGCUGAUGCAACCCUCCACCAGUUUCCUGUAUCCCCAAAUGAUUGUGUCGGGCAAUCUGUUGCAUCCAGGAGGCCUCGGUCAGCAGCCGAUCCAGGUGAUCACCGCCGGCAAGCCGUUCCAGGGCAACGGCCCCCAGAUGCUUACCACCACUACUCAAAAUGCCAAGCAAAUGAUCGGCGGCCAAGCGGGAUUCGCCGGCGGAAACUACGCCACUUGUAUUCCUUCGAACCACAAUCAGUCGCCUCAGACGGUGCUCAUCUCGCCGGUGAAUGUCAUCUCCCACUCGCCACAGCAGCAGCAAAACCUUCUGCAAUCAAUGGCCGCCGCAGCUCAGCAACAGCAACUUACCCAACAGCAGCAGCAACAGCUUAACCAGCAGCAACAGCAGCUCAACCAGCAUCAGCAACAGCAACAGCUGACUGCUGCUCUGGCCAAGGUGGGAGUGGAUGCGCAAGGCAAGCUGGCACAGAAAGUGGUUCAAAAGGUGACUACCACCAGCAGCACGGUGCAGGCGGCGACGGGUCCUGGAUCUACUGGGUCAACACAGACCCAGCAGGUUCAGCAACAACAGCAGCAGACCACCCAAACCACUCAGCAGUGCGUGCAGGUUUCACAGUCGACUUUGCCAGUCGGUGUGGGUGGACAGUCUGUUCAGACUGCCCAACUUCUGAACGCUGGCCAAGCGCAACAAAUGCAGAUCCCUUGGUUCUGGCAGAAUGCUACGGCAGGCCUGCAACCCUUUGGCUCCAAUCAGAUCAUCCUACGAAACCAGCCAGACGGAACCCAAGGCAUGUUCAUUCAACAGCAACCGGCGACACAGACUCUGCAGACCCAGCAAAACCAGAUUAUUCAGUGCAACGUGACACAGACGCCCACUAAGGCACGCACUCAACUGGAUGCACUUGCUCCCAAGCAGCAGCAGCAGCAGGUUGGCACUACCAAUCAGACGCAGCAGCAACAACUAGCGGUGGCUACUGCCCAGUUGCAGCAACAGCAGCAGCAACUCACUGCAGCAGCUCUGCAGCGGCCAGGAGCCCCGAUCAUGCCCCACAAUGGAACUCAAGUGCGUCCGGCCAGUUCCGUAUCCACACAGACUGCCCAGAACCAGAGCCUGCUGAAGGCCAAAAUGCGGAACAAGCAGCAGCCGGUGCGCCCCGCUUUAGCCACAUUGAAAACUGAAAUCGGUCAAGUCGCAGGACAAAAUAAGGUUGUAGGCCACCUGACCACCGUGCAGCAGCAGCAACAGGCGACGAAUCUCCAGCAGGUGGUCAAUGCGGCGGGUAACAAAAUGGUUGUGAUGAGCACAACGGGCACUCCGAUCACCCUGCAGAAUGGGCAGACCCUUCAUGCAGCCACUGCGGCAGGAGUCGACAAGCAGCAACAGCAGCUACAACUGAUUCAGAAACAGCAAAUCCUGCAGCAACAAAUGUUUGCUGCCAUUCAAAUGCAGCAGCAGCAAGCGGCUGUUCAGGCCCAGCAACAACAGCAGCAACAGGUCUCUCAGCAGCAGCAGGUGAACGCCCAGCAACAGCAAGCGGUGGCGCAACAACAACAGGCAGUCGCGCAGGCUCAGCAACAGCAGAGAGAGCAACAGCAGCAAGUUGCCCAAGCCCAGGCGCAGCAUCAACAGGCUCUCGCGAAUGCCACUCAGCAAAUCCUUCAGGUGGCGCCAAACCAAUUCAUCACGUCCCACCAGCAACAGCAGCAGCAGCAACUUCACAACCAACUGAUACAGCAGCAGCUACAGCAACAGGCGCAGGCACAAGUUCAAGCCCAAGUGCAGGCUCAAGCGCAACAGCAACAACAGCAGCGAGAGCAGCAGCAGAACAUUAUCCAGCAGAUUGUGGUGCAACAGUCGGCUGGAGCGACUUCUCAACAGCAGCAGCAACCCCAGCAGCAGUCUGGUCAGUUGCAGCUUAGCAGCGUGCCGUUUUCGGUUUCAUCAUCGAUGACGGCGGAAGAUAUUGCCGGAAUAACUUCCAGUGCCCUACAGGAAGCUCUCUCGGCGUCCGGCGCCAUCUUUCAGACAACCAAACCGAUUACUUGCAGUUCCUCUACCCUCCCCACAAGCAGUGUGGUCACAAUUACCAGCCAGAGCAGCACUCCUCUGGUCACCAGCAGUACGGUGGCCAGUAUGCAGCAGGCUCAGGCGCAAGGUACUCAGAUCCACCAACAUCAGCAGCUAAUCAGCGCCACAAUUGCCGGGGGGUCUCAACAGCAGCAGCAGCAACUGGGACUACCUUCACUUACACCCACCACGCCCUCACCUACAACAAAUCCCAUUCUGGCCAUGACCUCUAUGAUGAAUGCCACCGUGGGUCACCUAUCUACUGCCCCGCCUGUGAGUGUUUCUAGUACCGCUGUCACUCCAUCGUCGGGGCAGCUGGUCACAUUAAGCAGUGCUAGUAGCGGUGGAGGAGCAGGCUUUCCAGCCACGCCCACCAAGGAGGCAUCUUCGAAAGGGCCCACCGCAACACUGGUGCCCAUUGGUUCGCCCAAGACUCCUGUAUCAGCAAAGGACACCUGCACUACCCCCAAAUCAUCUACUCCUGCCACUGUCAGUGCAUCCGUAGAGGCCAGUAGUUCCACAGGCGAAGCCCUGUCCAAUGGAGAUGCCUCAGAUAGGUCUUCCACGCCGUCAAAGGGCGCUACCACUCCCACCAGCAAGCAAAGCAAUGCAGUGCAGCCACCGAGUAGCACCACUCCCAGCAGUGUCAGUGGAAAAGAAGAGCCGAAGCUGGCAACCUCCGGCAGUUUAACGUCCGCAACAUCAACUUCAACCACGACGACGAUCACCAACGGGAUUGGAGUAGCCAGAACGACAGCCAGCACCACGGCUGUCUCAACCGCUAGCACAACCACUACCAGUUCUGGCACCUUUACCACAAUUUGCACCAGCACAACAACAACCACCACGUCGGGCAUCAGUAAUGGAUCGAAGGAUCUCCCCAAGGCGAUGAUUAAACCGAACGUCUUAACUCACGUCAUCGAUGGCUUCAUCAUCCAGGAGGCUAACGAGCCAUUUCCCGUCACUAGACAGCGAUAUGCAGACAAAGACGUCAGCGAUGAGCCGCCAAAGAAAAAGGCAACCAUGCAGGAGGACAUCAAGCUAAGUGGAAUAGCAUCAGCUCCAGGCUCGGACAUGGUUGCUUGCGAGCAGUGUGGAAAGAUGGAGCACAAAGCAAAGCUGAAACGGAAGCGCUACUGUUCGCCAGGAUGCUCGAGGCAGGCAAAGAACGGCAUCGGUGGAAUUGGAUCAGGAGAGUCCAACGGCCUGGGGACAGGCGGUAUAGUUGGUGUGGACGCCAUGGCAUUGGUGGACAGACUGGAUGAAGCCAUGGCUGAGGAAAAAAUGCAGACAGAAUCAUUCCAGACAGUAUCGGAGGCUUUGCCAAUUCAAGCGGCUACGCCGGAGGUCCCACCGAUUUCAAUGCCAGUGCUGGCGGCUAUGUCGACAUCCUCACCACUUUCGUUGCCCCUGACAUUGCCCUUGCCAAUUGCAAUAGCUCCCACUGUGUCACUGCCAGUGGUUUCAGCUGGAAUGGUUGCGCCGGUUCUAGCAAUACCAUCCUCGAAUGUAAAUGGACCCGAUCGCCCACCCAUCAGCAGUUGGAGUGUGGAAGAAGUUAGCAAUUUCAUCCGAGAACUGCCUGGCUGUCAGGACUACGUGGAUGACUUUAUACAGCAGGAGAUCGACGGUCAAGCGUUGCUGCUGCUCAAGGAGAACCAUUUGGUGAACGCCAUGGGCAUGAAGCUGGGUCCAGCUCUCAAAAUUGUGGCCAAGGUGGAGUCCAUCAAGGAGGUUCCGCCAGGCGAUGUAAAGGAUUAAAAACAUGCAACUAAGUCGAGGUUUCACAAGACCGAUCUCUUUAGUUUCCCGCGUUUCACCUAAAUGUAACAACAUUUACUUCGUGAGCGAAUGUGAUCAGACAGAACAAAGUGAAUCACGUUACGACUCACCACUUCUCACAGAACGUACACCCUAAUCAUCGAAUCUUCAAAGGCAACUCCGCAAAGAGCAACCGGUGCCUGGAAUCACUGACCCUGUUGCGAGGCGCAUCCCAUCCAGAAUCUAUGCAAUCCAUAAUUAGGUGAUGUAGGAGUUUUUCCCCUACAUGACAAAAGGAAGGAAUCUGAUCCUCCUUCGGCGCCGGAGCUGCAGCUAGUUUAAGCACCCCGGACAGACCCAAAGAUUGUGGCAAUAGUAGAGUUCAUAAAGAGAUUUCGCUUCUGUGCGACGAAAAGGACGCGGAGGUUAAAGGACUGGCGGCGCCAACGCCGUUGGAUCCGGGCCGGACAGACAGUCUCUAGCACUCUGCCUGAGUCUGAGGAUAGGAGCGGGCAGUAUUCUGACCUUCUAUUUGACCAUGCUGAUCUGCAUGGAGGAGGGCCUACCUGUGGACCGGGUCCAACCGGGUCUGCCGCCCAAGCUGAAUUUGAUUCACUUGAAGCGGACUAUCAAACCCUUUGUACGUAAUUUAAACUAAGCAAGAGGGGUAAUCUCGUAGCUCAAAUAACAGGACGCCACAUGUAUGAUAAAGCAUAGACUGCCAUCCCAGUCAUCAAUUCAUCACUCUGUAUAGAAGUUCACAAUUACACAUAAUCACUAACGUAUUUAUUGAAACGUUGUUAAUCAUUUCACAACACCCUAUGCGAAGAACAUGAAAAAAUCAUUUGAACUAGAGGUAAUCUGGGAUUAUAUUUACGUAGUUAGAAUUAAAACUUAAGCCUGAAGUAAUUCCUAAGUGAAACUGAAUUGAAUCCAACUAAACCUUUAAUUUAUUGAUAAACUUAGGUCGUAAUGAGUAACGUCUGCAGAAUUUUUGCCUUUAUUGCAAGGUUCCGAAAAUGCUGUCCAACUUUUCUAGAUCCAUUCAGUGGUCGGAGUUUAAUUUUUUUUUUGUUUUUCGAAACCUUUUCUCCUACUGACUGCUGAAGUAAAUAAAAAAAAAUAAAACUGUAAAGUUAUUAAUGAAAGUGAA